AUGAGCUUCUUAUUUGACCAGAGCUACUACCAGGUCGGCAAGAAUGGCGUCUCGCCGUUCCAAAAUAUGCAUUUUCAUCUGUGUCCAAUCGAAACGCGCGUCGGCGACAAUACGUCUAAUGUAGGUGCGCAUACCUUGGCGGUUCCGCCAUACAAACCGUCGGCGACAACCCCGUCACCGCGUACCGCCAGCUCGUGCAGCAAUACGCGCGGCCGCCGCGUCCGUCGGGAAUUUAACGCGCCGUCAACCGUUAUCGCAUAUAGGCCAAGGACCUCGAGGGCAACACCGUGAGCCCGAAGGCCGCCCAGGCCGAGGCCAACGCCGCCUUCAAAAAGAACCCGCUCAGCGCGUCGCUGUCCGGCCUCUGGCCGCGGCUCAUCGGCGUCUUGCUGAAGCGCGUCCCCAAAUUCGGCUUCCUGCUGGGCUACUCGCACUUUGUGGGCGAGGGCACGCCGGGCUUCGCGGCGGCGACGUGCGCGUCGAUCUGCAGCGCGCCGUUUAUCAAUCCCGUGCGGCUCGUCGAGAAGCAGCAGCGCGCCUACUUUAAGCAGACCGGGACCUCCAAACCCGUCAUGGAAAUCUUGCGCGAGUCGGCCGCGAAGAACUUCGCGCCCCUUUUCCGCGGCACCAUCCCGCUCAUGGGCCACUCGCUCGCGUCGGCGAUGCUCGGCCUCGUCGGCCAGCCGCGGCUGCAAAAGUACGUCCAGAAGCAGGUCGGCGCCACGGGCGCGCUGUCGGGCACGGCGACGAACCUCGUCGCGUCGGCGGUCGUCUCGCCGAUCUACGUCUUCGUCACGAAUCCCCUGUCGAGACUGGAAGUGAUCAUGCAGACGAACUCGCUCAAGGGCAACAGCAUCUCCACGGUGGCGGCGCUCAAGGAGCUCAGUACGGACAUGGCCAAGUUCGGCCUCGCCGGCAUUUUCCGCGGCCAGGGCAUCGGCAUCGCCAAGGCCAUCGUCUCGCUGACGCUCUUCCACGAGGGACGGAUCUUCAUCACGAACCAGUUCAAGCAGCACAACCUGAAGAAGCUCGAACCGUAGAGCGCUCUCCGCCGUACUCGCAGUAGGGUAACUCGCUUCUAACCUCUCUCGGGAUGCCUAAAACAACACCUCUUAUCAA